AUCGCCCUCCUGGUAUCUAGGCUCCGUAAUUUGAUCUAACUACAAUAUAAAUUUGAAAGAAUAAAUAAAAAACAAUGAAAAGCAGUUUUCAUUGAAAUAUAUAUUUAUUUCUGAAUAAUUGAAACAGUUGAUAAGGUGUAAUGUGUGUGUUAAACGUGACUUAUCACCUUUGCCGUUUAACUUAUAUAUACUUGCAUUAAUAUUAAAUGCAAUAAUAUUAAAUUAAUAUUUAAUAACGAAAUAAUAAUUAAUAAAUAGGGAACGUAUCAGUUCAGAAUAUAUGUUAACGUAAAUAAGGGAACAUAUCAACGCCUAUGAAUUGGAAUGAAGAAAUGAAUGCAAUGUCAGCAAAAUUAACAUCUGCUGCUACGUUCACUUCUGCCGCUAUAAAUAAUACUUCAGAACAAUCAAAAAUGCCAACGUCAAAUACCAACAGUGGUACAUCAAUUCAAAAUGUAAACAGUCAAAGUAGUAAUACCGUUCAAGAAAACAAUAGAAAUUUACCUGAAGUGAAUAUACCUGAGAAGAUUUUAUUUGUCGUUGAUACCGCCAAAGAAGAGAACUGUACGCCAUUUAAAGUUGGUACAGGUGAAUCUUAUUCUCCCUUGUAUAUGAUCAAGCGUGUCGUAGAAACUUUCAUCAAUGCCAAAUCUACGAUACAAAGAAAGCACGAGUAUGGUCUUAUGAUAUUAGAAUCUUCUACUGUACGCUGGAUCAGUGACUUCACAAACAAUGUCAAAACUAUUUUGAAUUAUCUUGAUACUAUAGAAGAAAGCAUUAAUCAAGAAAAAACAUUUAAUAUGGGACUAAUAUUUAAAGAGAUAUUGUUUAGAAUACCUAAGGAUAAUUGCGUUAAUCUUCUACCUGAUUUUACGACUCGUGUUAUUCUGAUAUAUUCAAGAUCUAAUUGUAUACCGAAGUUUUAUGAGUGCAGUGGACCAAGUGGAAGUGAAUGUUUAGUUAAAAUUACUUCCAAUCCGUAUUUCUUUUUGGACGUCUUAUACGUACAUGAACCACCAACUACGGAAAAUUUAUGUGACGAUGUUUACAAUGAAUUAACUUCUUUGGACAUAUGUCAUUUUUGUCAUGUCUACGAAGUAGGAAGAAAUGCUGCUAAAUUGCACGAUAACAUGGCCAAACUAUUGGCUCAUCCAUUACAACGACCACUUCAAGAAGAUACGUGUUAUAGUGUUAAUGAAACUAUUCUUACAAGCAAUUAAAUAUUCCUUUAACUUUAUUUUGUUCAUUUGUUAUUAUAAUUUUUAUAUUUGAAUGAACAACUAAAUUACAUUGUAAAUAAUGUACCAUGCACAAAUGGUAUUACUUAUUUAUAGUAAAACUAUUAUAAUUUUGAUAUUGUUUUCUUGUUUUCAUUGUUAUGCAUUGCAAAUUCGUAUUUGGUGAGUAAAAUAAAACCUCCAUUGUGUUAUUUAAA